CUUGCGUAACGACCAAGUUGCGAAACCAUGAGUCGGUUGGCGGCCACCCGCGUGACCGAGAGCGACGACGACGACGAGAGCGUCGCGGGCCAUGGCAACAAUCGCCAGCACGACGUCGUCUUGAGCCGCGAAGAGUUCGAUUUGCUGCAGGCGUUCCACAAGCUCAUCCCGGUGCCCGCGCUCUCGUCGGGCAUCACGCGCGUCGUGUGCGACGAAGAGCUCCAAGUCGGCGACGAAGCGGUGCCAGCGCCCGGGCCCGAGGUUGACGACGUGCCAGAGCUGAGUGCGAGUGCUUCGCACGUCUCAAUCGUGCGGCGCCUCUCGCGCUCCUUGACGCCGGAGGGCGUCUUGCGACAGACCCCGACCAAGCCGCUGACCAAGGAGGUCGACCUCUCCAAGUUUACGCUGCGCACGCCCCAGCCACCAUGCACGCCCAAGCGUACCUAGCCUCAUAUGAUACCUAAUUGUACAGGCCUUUUCGAUGGCCCAAUGCG